UCAAAGUAAAGGUUCAUUCAACGCGUCUUACAACACACGCACACAAGGCAUUGGGCCAACAGACAGAGUCUUCCUUAGCCUGGGGUUAGACCCCUCAAAGUGCAACAGAACAAAGUCUUGGGCCCACAAAGGUUAAUUCAAUUACAUUAAUCUUCACCAUCAUCGUUACUUUCAAUUGUAUGUGUUUUUGACAGAUGGGGUCAAAAUGCCUACUUUGUUCGGCAAAUUGAACGCAAGAGGGAAUAAACCCGUUCAAUCAAAGUAUGGUCCCGGAAUCUCUUCAACAGACUUGGCAAAAUUUCCACCUUCUCCUUCCAGUCAAGAUGCACGUGAAUUGGUAUAUGAUCCAAAAGAUUUCACUCAUAUGGAAAGCAGAAAUCAUGAUGAAGAAUACGAGCAAGGUCAUCACAGAAGGACAUCAUCUCCAAUCCUGUCUGAAAGAUCUAUGAAUAAUAAUAGUAAGAGCGCAUUGAAUGUUGCCGCUACUAAACAAAGACAACAUACAACCUCUUCUCCAAACCCACCACUUAAAUCACUCUCUUCGCCUCAACAAAUUCCUAAAGCGGCAAACAAAUAUGCGGAAUUUGGUGCGCCUGCUUUACAUGCUUCCAAGUCAACGAUAGCACACAAACCUAACCCACCACAUACUUCUCGAAUGCAUAAAACCUUACCCUCUAGACCGGUCGUGCUAAAACCUUCCAAUGUUUCAUCAACCGUUUCGGGAAAAGCACGAGCUCAAGGCGGAAAUGCAAAUGUGAACUUUGACGGAUCUGCUCCCGCUCAACCAACUCCUUAUGGAUAUACCACAAUCGGCUGGGAUAAGCAAAUGGACGUUCCUCACGUAGCAGAAUUGGUUCUGAUGUGUGGGGAACAGAUCAGAAUGCGUGGUUUGACAUCACCUUUGAUCUUUUCCUCAAUGGCUUUGGACCUUUCACAUCAUAAUGUGACCUCUUUGAUCCGGUCUUUCCUCACCUCACCGAAGGAAUUCUAUUCCUCAGAGACGAAAUUUGCAAACCCGCACGACUUGGCAGCGGUAAUCAAAUGGUCCCUAUCAAGAUUGGGCAGAGUGUUUCCCGUUCCUGUUCCUGCGCUCGAAAUGAAUUCGCGUAAAGGGGAUUCACAACAAGAGGAAAAUGUGUUUAUCCAUCAAAGAGGAUUUUUAGAGUGGGAUAGCUAUGUGGUAUGGUCAACGUACGAAAAGAACGCAAAUUAUCCGAUCGCAUCCUUCAGUGCAUUCCUAGACGGUCUCACCUCGUCUACAGCUGCUCUUUUGGUGGCACUUUUCUCAUUGUUAUCUUCAACAACGUCAUACAGUCUGCGAAACGGCAUGACGCCUUCUCGCCUUGCAAGAAUGUUUGGCGUUUUGAUUUUCGGAUUGCCAGAGGAUGAAACAUUUGAAAAGACGUAUGAUGCCUACGUAAAGGUCAGCAAUGCAACGGAGCAUCUUUUACUGGCUUAUAUUCGUGACAUGAGCACGAUGGAACCUUUACCGACGCGAUUGGCUGAUCAUGUCAGAGGCUAUCCUUCCAUGCUAUCUAGCAACCCAACACGACCAGGUCGCGGUGUUCGCGGUGUACCAUUCACUCUUGUCAGUAGAUCUGUGCGACUGUACAGUGUUGAUCUGGUCCAGCAGAGCCGUGAAUUGGAUCUUGCUAGCCAAUCGCCUGAAUGGGCAGCUUGCAUGGGACGGGGAGAAGGCGUUGAGAAAGAACCUCAAGUCUCAGACAGAUAUCGAAAACUGAUGAAUUUACGAUCUGGAAGACAUCCUGCGGAACAACCUUUGAGCGGACAAACACAACAGCCAGCACCAGAUCUAGAAGCAUACUCUUCUUUAGCCGACAAGGCAUGGGAAGAAUUCUUGCACGAAGGUUUCAGUGGAUCUGAUCCGAACAAGCUAGCUUUCAAUUUAACCGAAAGCGAAAGAAAGGCACGCAUGAAAGGCAGAAAGAGCCUGCAAUGGUCUCAAUUCGAAGAGAGCGGAUUCAAUCCUGCCGAUGAUGGAUUGAAUGAUGUAUUGGCUUUUGAUGAUCUGCUAGAACAAGACGUAAAACGUUGGCCGGAAGAUCGUGCAGAACUUUUGGACAAAAUCCGCAAGACCAACAAAGCAAUGCCUGCGUUUAAUUAUGACACAACUCCUAUGGUUGUCAGUAGCCCCUCGAUGAGUGGAGAUCCGCAAGGUCAAUGGCAGGAAAAACCAAUUUCACGCAUGGACGAUAUCUUCCCAGAGGUGUAUGCGGAUAUUCUGUUAGGAAAUGGAUGGCACAAUCGUGAUGAACUAACGCACAGGAAUGCAAACUUUGCUGUUGUACAAUUCAAGAGCAGACCCAACUCGUCCACGAUUAAGAAUAAAAUUCCAUCUGCAUCCUCUCCCACAAGUCAAUCCGAUGAUCGAACAGAAGCGGCAUGGUUCGUGAUCGAAGAAGUAGUUCCAGCUCAAUAUCGUUCUGAGCUCGAAGCUGCAGGACGAAAGAAGAAUCGCAGUAGACCAAGUCUACGUGCUUUGAAUAUGUUCAAAAGACGCAAGGCGAUGAAUAACUCCUCUCCAACUCCAGGAGGUACAGGUGAUUCAUUUUUCGAUGAAGUUUUCAAGCCCGGUCUAGGUACACAAACGAAGAAACUGACACUUUCGCCAUCUUCAGCUGUGGAUAUGGGAAGACGUGACAGUCAAACAAGUACGAUCCGGGGCAAUUCUUCUCCCCAGCAGACUGGAGAUGAGAGUCAGUUUGUUUCCUCUAGUGUUCGAUUGUUAACGUCUCUCAAGAGCAGAGCAUCAAAGAGAAUUCGCAGAACAACCAAAGAUGACGAAGAGGAUGGAAGUGUGAAUGCGCCACCACCACCACCAAAGACCAUUCCUCCCGGAUUCGUUCAACAAUCUAUGUCUUGGAAUUCUGAUGAUUUCGAAACAAGAAGCUUACGAGAUCCUGACUUAGAUGCAUUUGCACAAGCAGACAACAAACGUGGCAAGAUGCUGAAGAGUGGCAUGCGUGGAGAUAAACGAAGGUCCAAAGAUGAUUCGUGGUUGGACAUCACGGUUCACAAGGAUGGCAAAGGAGAACGUUCAGGCAAGGGUCUGCAUGGGAAAGCGGCAACAGAUGCAACACCGUUCCCCAAUUCUGCCAGCUCUCCAGGUGGCCCAAGCAACGGAAAUGCAAAAUCAGCAUUCUUGUCAUCGCCAGCGAGCAAAACGCAAAAGAUGUCCAUUGAUGUUGCAGGUUGGUCAAGAGAAGACGCACCUCAACCAAAGACGCCAACCCGUGAAUCCUCUUUGCAAAAUCUAGAGACCACUGACACAAUCUUGAGCAUCUCGCCUACGAAAAGUCCAGUAUCACAACAUUCAUGGAAAAGUCCAAAUGCCGCCCUUGGAAAUACAAGUGCUCGCACAACUACAAAUGGAAGCAAUGGCCCAUCAUCACCCUCUACUCCAUCGAAAACGGUCAAUCCUACUGCCAAAACUCCUACCGAUACAAACGGAGUGAAGCCAGUUACCAAACCGAUCGAAAUAAGCAAGAAGGCGGAACCAGUCGACGAACCUGAAGAGGAAAACGGAAAUUCUCCUAGGCUGCCCUAUCUUCGUGCCGUACCUGGGUUCAAGCCCGGUGACAAAGAAGAAGAUCGUGAAAAGGCGAGGGAUGCACGUAUAGAGGCAGCCAAAGAGCGUGCCAGGGAAUUACGUGCCAAUCUCAAUCCAAUUGCUAUGAGUGAUUUGGAGCGAAGAAAGGAAGAACGUUUACGAUCGGCCGGACGUGAGUCUUCUUCGCCUACAUCCAGUGUAGGUGCAGUAUCAUCGACGAGUGCAGUGGCUACUUUACGAGCAAAUUUGACUCCAACGAAGACUGGAACAGGUGCAAGUCUAGAAGCCUCGCCAAAGACAACACCAUCACCGUUUACAUCCGAACGUCCUGCCGGUUCUCGUGAUGAUCCCUUUGCUAAGGACCGUUUCUCUGGUCGUGUAGCCAAUUUGACCAGCAAAUUCGGUGGAUUGCCGGCCAAACCAAUCACACCACAGAGCACCGGCAAUGCAGACAAAGCAGCCAGCGUUGGCGAUAGUAGUGUUGGGAGCGUCAAAAAAGAAGCUUUAAGCCCACCAACAACACCGGCAAAAGGCGCACAAAUCUCACCCAACCGAUCGCCUAAGCAAUCCGCUGCUAGUUCAACACCUCUGCCAACGAAAGAGGUAUCUAGCAGUCCGGCAGCUGCUUCGAUUUCAGGCUUGCCAGCCACUUCGGCUGCCGCAAGUACGCCUAACGCAAGCAACACAAUUUCAUCAUCAUCUUCUCCAUCUCAAUGGCGACAGAGGCAACAAGCUUUUGCGGCUAAUGCAGCAAACAAUGCUCCACCUCCUCCCAAAUCACAAACGAGCACGGAUACACCCAAAUCUUCAAAUCAACCUCCUCUAUCGUCAUCGUCAUCUUCCAUCCAAGUGCCCUCCUCGCCCAUGCUACCGCCAAGCGAGCCAGGAUCACGUCACUCGAUGGAUUCCAAUGCGAUCGGGAUCGAUACUGAUUCAAUAUACCCUGAAGAUGCUGCAUCAAAUUUUUCUCCGGAUCCUGAAGAAGAAAUGAGCAGGAAUGGUAGUUUACGAUCUUCAACGCAAAAUCGUUCUGUUGCUUCUACAUUGCCUGCAACUACACUCUUUUCUAAUCUUGAUCAAACGCCGGCAAUGGCAGGAGCAGCAGCUGCGGCAGCCGUUACAACGCCUUCUGAACCGAACAAAUUAACAAAAGAAGCUUUACGAGCAGAAGCAGAAGAUCGCCCAACAGCAAUGCCACCUGGAUUUGGACAACGUUAUCAACCUGGAAUGCCAUUGAGCAAUGUAGAGGAAGAAAGAGAAAGCGUUUUAAGUGGAAGCAAUCAUUAAUUGAAGAAUAUGUUGGAUAUUUUAUAUCCAACAUUGUUCUUUUCUCUUUUUACUCUCUCCCCUUUAUUGAUUUAUUUAUUUUUCGUUCUUUCUCUUUUCUUUUCUAUCAAUCAUAUAAUCGAUCGUUGUGAUACACAUUCAAAUACCCUUCAUCUUCAUA